GGACACCCAACCAGCCACCAAGCAGUAUCACGGUAGUUACUGGAUUGCUUCAAAGCAUCGUUGAAAAGAAAUCAACCCCAAAAUGAGAAUACAGACGGCUUCUCUCCUCCUCUUCCUGUCGUCUUACGAACAGAACGAUGGUGUGGCCGACGCCUUCUCGAUGGUGCCCAGGCCCACGGGGAAAGCGAACGCCCCUUCGUUUUCCGUGACGCCUGAACCCGUCACCGAGUCGUCCACCGUUCUCUUUGGAAAACGCCGACAGACCAAGAGGAAAAAGAAGCAGACCCAGGGACGAUCGCAGCAGUUCUACGAAGCCAUAGAAGACGCGAAGGGAAACAGCAGCGCCCCGGAGGAAUCCUCGUCGACCGCAACGGCAACGGCAACACCGCCCCGAUCGCCCGAGCAGCAAAAGGCUAUGGACGAAGCCCAGGCACGAUUCGAGCAGCGCCCCGAGGUCACCACCAUGGUGGUUGACGAGGAAAGCGGAACGGAAUUCAUCGCGCAGGGACAGAAAGUCAUGGACGUGGUCACGCGCAAGGCCGUGAAGCUCAGCAACGCGGGAGCGGACGCCCGGUUGGCGCAGAUGUUUCCGGGCGUGCCUCCCCAGGUCAGGGAGCAGCACCGCAUCGAUUGGAAGACGGCGGAGAUCCCUGAGGUCCUGGACAAACUCCUGGCGGCGUGCUCGACCGACCUCGGUGACGGCAAGACAGGCAUCCCCCCACAUCCGUCCCUCACCAACGAGGGCAUCGACUUUGUCCUGGCCAACCGCGAUCGCCUCGGAUACAAAAUGUCAAAGACCAUCCCCCGAUGGACCUUCAAUGCCGCGUCGCAGGGAAGGAUGGCCGAGGCGAAGGAGGUCUGGAACAAGCUCCACGUCAACUUCCUCACGAUCGAGAACUAUGUCUCGGGACCCUUUCGACAAAUCAUGCAGGACGCAGAGGGACGCGUGGGACCGAACUUUGGGAACCUCGAACUCGCUAGCUUCUGCAGCGGCGAUCUGUACGAGCGGGUCGCCAACUACCUCGUGCUGAAGGGCAUGGUGGCGCACUGGGAAAAGAAGGUGGUCGAUGCCGACUUUCUCGAGAACAGCGACGAGGACGAGAUCAAAAUGUACCGGGGAGAUCCCAAGCGAUACCUUAAGAAGGACUCGCAGGACGCGCCCAUCCUUUACACGCUCAAAGAAUGCACGCAGGUCUGUGCCAUGGCCCAGCAAAUGUGCAAGCUCUUUGUCGAAGAUGAGAAACUGUUUGGUGACUUUCCGGACGAGAUUGUCUUUUUGGAAGACGCCCUUACAAUUAGGGGCGGAACGGCGCUGCGAAAGUACAUGAUCGACGAGUUCUGUCCCUCGCGUGGCAUCACACCCGAGGGACUCCGGGAGGGCGUCAAACGCUUGGGUCAGCAGCUGGACAACAUGCAAAUAGAUCCGUACGCCGACAUUACCAUGAAAAUAGAGCAACUCUAUGCCGCCAUGGCGGUUGGAUCCGACGACGCUACGGAUCCCUACGCGAAGUACCUGGGCUUCCAGGCCUCGGAGGACCCGAACAAUCCCGCCUACUUCGAGACGUAUACCUUCAACCACGCCAAAAAAUCGCUGGUACGGUUCAUGGACGACACCUACCCCAGCGUGGGUGGCAUUGCCGAAAUGAUCGGACCCCCACCCGCCAAGGGCGAAAACGAGAACGAAGAAAAGAAGAACCCCUUCGAGGGCCUGACCAACGGGUUGAACAACAUCAUGGGCCAGAUCAAGGGCGAGCGAACGCUGCGGGUCGAGCCCUCCUACGACGACGAUGCUACCCCCUACGUCGUACCGAAAGAGAGAUCGAUCGGCAGAAAGCACGACCAGGGUUGGUUCGAGGAGCUCAACGCCGACGACGGUAACCCGAAGGAUCGGUUCGGAAAGAUGGAACCGGGGCGAAUCAUCGACUAAGCAACAAGAACAACAGGUAAAAGCAAGUAGUAGACGUUCUGCACGUGGCACUGGACUAUCAAACCGCGUGAAAGGUAUCCAUUUUAAAUAAUAGCUAGUGAUGUGCAAUCGAUCUGAUGGUUUGUGCAGUGUAUCGUAGCGCGCUUGUAGCACCCACUGCGUUGAUUUGUGUCGAAACGAAGUCGAAGUGGAACUGCAUGAGCAAGAUUACCAGUAUGAAUACCCUCAAGGGUUUUUCGUUUAGUAAAGGAUUUUGAUCAGUGUCGACAUGGGAAACGAGCUGCACGGAUGUCGUAGAGGAAACAUUGUGUUAUCUUUUCGGAAAUCCUAGUUUAGGAGUCCCCAAACUACUUACAAGAGACACUGCAGACAACGGUCAAUCAUUCUUACCCCUGUUUGCUACGACUACAAACUGAGUACUGUAUUUUGUAUUUUGUUUCAACUUUCCCUGGCAUCCAGAACAUCCCUAAACCCUCCGAAAGCGGGUACGCCGUGGAAAAUUCAUUGUUGGGAAUUUUCACGAAAAUAAUUGUGCCAUAUCCAU